AUGGGCAAGUCUUGUCUCAUCCCCGGCUGCUUCACACAAAGGGAGUACCUUGUCUUGCAAGGGGUCACCUCAGAAUGGUUGGUUGCUUCCGUUGCUGUUGGCAACAGAAAUGCAGUUCAGGCCAGGAGUGCCCCAGAGAAAAGGCCCAAUGUGCAGGGCAGGGAGCGGCAUGAAAAGAACUGUGUAAAUGCAGGAUCAAAACUCCCUUCACCAGAAUGCCGAAGAUCAUGGCAGAAGUUUUCCAUAACAGAUUGUGAAUCCGACCAUGGCUUAUUGAUUACUCAUAUCAACCAGGCACAUGAUCUUCUGAGAGUGAAGGAUACAGCAGUGGUCUGUCCCAGACUGAAGGCCACCAAUGACUGGAUGCAAAGUUAUGGUCUAGAAAGCCUGAAGCUCACGUUAGAUGAUUUGAUGAAGAGAGGCAAUGUUGUGCUAGAUGCAAACGAGGCAGAGCAGAUUGAGUUUACUGCAGAGGCCGUUGCCGAUUUUGAGACACGACUGCAUGCAGCAAUUGAUCUUUAUGACAAACGGAUCCAGUGGCUAUUGCAAGACAGCAGAAAGCUGUUUGGUGUUAUACAAGGAAGAAGAAUUGGAGUUCUGAUUGAUACAUCCAAUAUCACUUGUGGACCGAGACUACUUGAUUUCCAAAAAGAUCUUCUGCGUUUAGUCGAUGAGCAGUUGUGCUAUGUGAAGCGUCUGUACUUUCUUUCCUUCGGUACCGAAGCCUCGCCUCUUUGGGAGGAGUCCAGACUCAUCAACGUAGAUGUUUUAUAUGAAACGAGGCAAUGGGUGAAGAGCCUAAAGCCCAGCGGGGGUUGCAACCUGCUGAAAGCCUUGAAGAAGGCCUUUCUUUUGAAAGAACUGGAUGCCCUGGUGAUCAUUGCAGGAAGCUGCCCAGAUCAGUCCUCUGAAAUAUUGUCUGAUUAUAUCCAGCAAUGUAUGCUGGGGAGAGAACUACUGAUCCAAACAGUUGCAUACGAGUGUAGCAGCCAGGUGCCUCCGGCAGUUUUAAAAAGUGUCGCUGAAGCUGUCGGCGGCCAUUACCACAGCUGCUCUACCAGAGGAGAGAAUUAUGACAGUAGUGAUCUGGACAUGAUUCUUCAUGAGCGCAGAAGAGCCGAGGACUUGCUCAGUAUCAUAAAUAAAAUCUAUAAGGGAAAGGUGGGCCACGCUUGUUUUAGUUUAAUGCCAGAGAGCUCUACAGAAAUUGUGCCACUUUCUCCAGCCUGCUUGCUGCCAAAGCCACCAAACCAUGAAGGACCUCUUGUGAUACAAAUCCCAGAUUUCCUGGCCAAAUCUUCGGCAGAAUGGUUAAAAACCAAUGGGUUGAAAGCCAAGAAGUUGAGCCUAUACCAAGUUUUGGCACCAAAUGCAUUUUCCCCUGUGGAAGAGUUUGUCCCUAUUCUUCAGAAAACAGUAUCCUCAACUUUGCACGAAAAAGCGAUGAUGCAGUUUGAAUGGCACGAUGGGACCAUUAAAAACGUCCACGUGGAUCCACCAAUAUUGUAUGACUACCAGAAACAGCUGAGCAGGGCGGUGAGGAAGUACGAGAGACGCAUUGAAUGGCUGUCCGUCAGGAGCAGAAGGCUGUGGGGAACCGUUUGCGAAAGGAGGGUCGUUCUCCUUAUUGAUAUCUCGGCAACAAGUUCCAUGUACAUCAUUCAUAUCCAACAUUCCCUGAGGCUUGUCCUGGAGGAGCAGAUCUCAAGCAAGGAUGUCUUCAAUAUUAUAGCUUUUGGAAAAGAUAUUAAGCCCUGGCAACCAGAAAUGGUUCCUUCCCACCCAGACAACUUAGAGAAUGCCUGGAGGUGGGUGCUGGCCCUGCAGUGUGAAGGCACUCGGAACCUCAUGAGUGCUCUUCGAAGAGCCGUGGAAGUGGACUUCCAAGAUAAAGACAAACAUGAGUCCCAGGGGAUAUAUCUGUUGACUACUGGCAUUCCUGAUCAAGAUACACACGUGAUCAGUUCUUACAUGCUUGAGGUCUGUGGAGGGUGUGAUUUAAAGCUUCACAUCUCGCUGUUCAGCACCACUGAUUCUUCCCUUGAUGGUGUUAUUCCACCACGCUACGCAAGCCCUGAUGAAGCAGCCCUCGCUUUCAAGACCAUUGUGCAGGCUGCCAGUGGCAGGUUUCACUGGUUUGGAGAAACAGGCAUCUAUGAAAGCGGUGACAUCAGCAGCAUCCUCUCCGAAAUGGAGAAAGCAGUCAACUAUUCCCAUAAGUGUGCUUUGCUAGUGAAAUCCUUAAAGCAACGAUCUGGAAAUCAACUGGCUGGUCAUUUGAUUCCUGGGGAAGAUGUAGCCAUGUUAGAGGGAAGGAAGAAACGCAAACCACAGAAGUUACCAUUUCCCAAACCGACAGCCCUUACUCUCGCCAGAAUGAGCACAAGAGACCAGCGAGACGGGGACAGAAAUGGCUCCCUGAAAGUAUUCACAUGGCUCCCAACAAGCACCAAAGCAGAAAUUCCACCAGCACAGCCAAUAAAGGAGUUUUUGCAGAUGGGUAGGAGAAAGAAAUACAAAUCGAAGAAAUGUCCUGAGGUUUCACUCUCAUUAUUGUAUACAGACAAAGGGAAGAAAGUAGGUGCAACUCACAAAAAAUAUUCCAAGCCCAAGUGUGUGAGAAAAGCAAUUCCCUUUGUCAUUUUGCCUCAAGAAGAAGAACAGUGCUCAAGCAAAGAGUGGCUAAGCAAAUUCAGCAUCAAGAAACUGAAGUUAGACUUGCCCAGAAUAAUUUUCGGGCCUGAAUGCUUGCAUCAGAAGCAAAUGGUGGGAUCUUUGCGCAAGAAAGUGUCGGCAAAAUACUGCAACAUUUUCCCUAGCGUCAGAAUGGAUGGCAGUGUGAAACACCUGCACAUUCAGCCCAAGGAUCUGGAAGAGUAUAUUGAACAAAUGGAGAGAGUUUUGCGGUGCUACGUUAAAAGAAUGCAAUGGCUUUUAUCAGGAAGCCGUCGAUUGUUUGGUGUAAUUUUGGAAGCUAACAUUUGCAUCCUGAUUGAUACCUCCGGCUCCAUGGACCCAUCUUUGGAAGAAGUCACCCAAGAGCUUACCUCUCUUAUAUGGGAACAGCUGAGGAAGAAUCAAACCAAGUUCAACUUGAUAAGCUUUGCAGAAGAUGUUACAGCAUGGCAAGAGUGCUUGACAGAGGCCACAGAUGAAGCAUGCCACGAUGCUGUGCAGUGGCUCUCAACGUUUCGGGCACAUGGGAAUACAUCCAUUCUCAAGGCUUUACAGAGAGCUUUCCUUCUUCAAGGCAUUGAAGCUUUAUAUGUUCUGACAGAUGGGAAACCAGACACCAGUUGCAGUUUGGUUCUCCAAGAAAUUGAAGUGCUGAGGAAGAAGCGCGUAGUGACCAUUCACACAAUUUCAUUUAACUGCUCUGACAGAGGAGCCAAUGAUUUUCUCAAGAAGCUGGCUUGCCAGACUGGCGGACGCUACCAUCGUUGCCAUGGUGAUGUGGACGGACAGUUGGCAGCCCACCGGCUGCUGUCAGAAGGUUUCAAAGAUGAAGAUGAUCCAGUUUUCCCCUUGUUUGAAGGAGAUGAUUUAAAGACACUUGCCGGUGAAGUAGCAAAAGCCAGGAGUUAUUUAAUGCAAGCAAAGUCUUUUAGAUCACUAUUGGAAAAAAAGGAUUUAGACCACAAGGAGCAUUCUGCAUAAUGUUGCAGUCUCCAGGAUGCCAGUUGGAGAGGUAAAGGAGAUAACAGGAACAUUCAGUACUCUCUUCUUCACACACCUCCAAAUCCUAGAAUGAAAAAGAAUGUGCUUUAAUACAGUCCUUUCACAACCAAUGCACUCCCUUCAGGUGGGGUCAGCAAAAUUGGCGGCAGAACAAGUGACUUGGAAAAACCUGCCAGCAGCAUGUCUGAUUCAGUCUCAGCUUGCUUUUUUUUUAUCUCCUUUGCUGAACUGAAUGUCACACAACUCCAUUUCAACGGGGCUUGCGCAGAAAUUUCUUGUGGACUUGUGCAAGGUCUGUUCCCAGGAGCCAGUGUGGAUCCGUCAGCGAGGUCCUGCUCAAAAUCUAAGCACAGAUGGAUAAUUCCCUGAAUCUUCCAGCGUCUGUAGGUUUGCAUGUGCACGCUCCUUGGAUUUGAAGCUGAGCUGAGAGGUCACAGGGGGAUUCUUACAGUGUACAGAUCUAGGGAUGUGGCACCAGAAAUGGCCCCGGUCAAUCCACUGUAUGUCAAAGCCUUGGAAUUUCAAAAGAACUACAUCAUUUCCCCAACUGGUAUUUUGAAUAAUUUUGGGCAAUUGACUGCUCUGUAUGAGAAUUUCCCACCCCAUUUCCCAGUUGAAUUUCUCUCACCAAAGAAAUAAUGUGGGAGUUUUGCCCACUGUCCUCAAAGUAAUUUUCUCUCUGCUUUGGGAAUAGUCUUAAAUAUGUUUGGAGUGUUAGACAACAUGAAUCAACUCAUUUA